GCUAUAAAUACGUUCCCUGGUCCUCAGUCAGACAUUCACCAUCACCAUGAGGGGAAUCAUCCUAGUACUGGUGCUCGCACUGGCGGGCGCAGAAGAAGGCAAUAUAGAUCUUACGUUCAGUCCGAAUAAAGUAACACUUUAUGACUAUGAGGCAUUUGUGAUGACCGGGUUUCCAGAAAAUGAAUUUGUCCGUGCUGGAAUUAACAUAGCCUGCAAGCUGGAGAUCAGUCCCUAUGCCCAGAGAAUGUUCCUUCUGAAGGUCCAAUCUCUCAACAUAAAAGAAAUCAAUGGUGCAUGGCCAAAAGACCCUUUCACACGUUCCUCCAAGCUGAGCCAGGCGAUCGCCGAGCAGUUUGUGAAGCCCAUCAAGUUUGAAUAUCACAAUGGAAGAAUCGGCAAUAUCCUUGCCUCCAAUGAUGUCUCCGAAACUGUGGUCAACUUGUACAAAGGCAUCCUCAGCUUGUUCCACGUCAACAUCAAGAAGUCGCAGAAUGUUUAUGACCUGCAGGAGUCCGGCAUCGGGGGAGUCUGUCACACCAGGUACGUGAUUCAGGAAAGCAAGAAAGGAGAACAGAUGGUUCUUGUAAAGUCCAUCGAUUACAAUAACUGCCAAGAUAAAGUAUCGAAGAACAUCGGAAUGGCUUUCCUGGAACACUGCUCAUCCUGCAAACAGAUGCACCAGAACAUACGUGAUGCUGCAACCUACACCUACAAGAUAAGAAGCCGAGAACACAGCACCGUUAUCAUGCAGGUGACAUCUGAAGAGAUCAUCCACUACUCUCCAUUCCAUGAGCGUAACGGUGGUGCCGUCACAGAAGCCAAGCAAAUACUUACCUGGACAGGAACCAAGAGCUACCAGCAAAACCCCCCUCAGGUUCAGCUCCAGAGCCGCGGGAACAUCCAUUACAACUUUGGAGAUGAAAUAUACCAAGUUCCUUUUGUCCUAGUAAAGCCCAAGAGUCUCGAGUCACAGUUGGUGGAGCUUCUGCAGCACCUGGUACAGAACAACCAGGAAAAGAUCCACAAGGACGUCUCGCAGAAAUUCAUGCAGCUGGUUCAGCUCAUGCGCCAUGCAACCGCUGACGUCCUGCAGACCAUUUGGAAGCAGUAUGCCACAAAAUCCAAAUACAGAUCUUGGAUCCUGCAAGCACUCCCUAUGAGCGGCACUUCGGACUGCAUGAAGUUCGCCCAUCAAAUUAUUCGUAACACGGAAGUGUCCAGCGUAGAGGCAGUCACAUUGCUUUCCCUUCUUUUGCACAACGCCAGAGGCAACCAGCGGACACUGCAGAUUGCUCUUGAAAUAUUACAAGAUUCCAGAAUUCAGAAGAACCCUACACUGAACAAAGUUGUCAUCCUCGCAUACGGUUCUUUGGUGAAGAAAUACUGCUCUCACUUGUCCACUUGUCCUGAGUCAGCUCUGGAGCCACUCCACGACUUAGCAGCUGAAGCCCUCCAGAAGGUCCAUGAAGAGGACAUGGCACUAGCAUUGAAGGCUCUAGGUAACGCCGGACAGCCUGAAAGCAUCAAGAGGAUUCAGAAAUUUCUAAUGGGAUUUUCCUCCGCUUCACUUCAACUUCCAGUGAGGAUCAGGGUUGAUGCCAUUAUGGCUCUGAGGAACAUAGCCAAGGAGGACAGCCGCAAGGUUCAAGAUAUCUUACUGCAAAUCUACCUAAACAACGAUGCCCGUACUGAGGAGAGAAUGAUGGCAGUUCUGGCCUUAUUUGAGACCAAACCCAACCUUGCAAUGAUUACCAACAUUGCCAAUGUGGCUGUUCGGGAGAGCAAAACCAACCUACAACUGGCCAGCUUUGUCUACUCUCAGAUGAAGGCUUUGGCUAAGAGCAGUAUACCCCAGCUGGAGCCACUGGCUGCCGCUUGCAAUGUUGCUCUGAAACUGUUCAAUCCAAAUAUUGAUAGCCUAGGAUAUCGCUACAGUAAGGUCAUCCGUUUAGACACAUACAGAUACUCUUUGAUGGCCGGUGCUGCAGCAAAACUCUACAUCAUGAACAGUGCAAGCACAAUGUUCCCUGUCUUCUUGAUGGCUAAAGUGAGAGCGUACGUGGGAGGAGCAGAGGGCGACGCAGUAGAGGUCGCUGUAAGAGCAGAAGGAAUAGAACAGAUUCUCAGGAAGCAAAACAUCCAGUUCGCCGAUUUACCCAUGCAUAAGAAGAUCAGCCAACUGGUGAAACUGCUAAAGGGAUUCAGAGGCCAGCCAUCCCAGACCCCAUUGUUAUCGGGAUAUGUCAAAGUCUUCGGCCAGGAGCUCUACUUUGAUGAAAUCAACAAGGAAACAAUUCAGACUUUAACUCGGACAUUGAACGAGCCGGCAGAAAGACACAUCUCAGUGAAGAAUAUCAUCAACAAACUUUUGAACGGAUUAGUCGGCCAAUAUGCCCGUGCCAUCAUGGCCGUCGAGGCUCGUCACAUCGUGCCAACCACUCUUGGUUUACCCAUGGAGUUCAGCUGGUACACCACUGCUGUGGCCAGUUCCCCUGUCAAUAUUGACAUAAAAAUGACUCCAUCCUACUCGCCAGACUUCCAUCUCGCUCAGCUCUUAGAGUCUCAGAUACAGAUCAAUGCAGAUGUCAGUCCUAGUGCACUGGUUCAUGUGAUUUCAACCAUGGGAAUUAACACGCCCUUAAUCCAGAGUGGAAUUGAGUUUCACGGCAGGACACUUGCAAACAUCCCAGCAAAAUUCGCGGCCCAUAUGGAUAUGAAGAAUAACAAUAUUAAAAUUGAAUCACAACCCUGCCAGCAAGAGGAGGAACUUCUGCAAAUCAGAGCACAAACAUACGCCGUCUCAAGAAACGUUGAAGAUCUGGAUGCAGCUAAGAAGACUCUAAUUGUACCAAAAUCAGUUAGUCAAGACAUACUGAGGAAGCGCUUUGAGGCCACUGGGAGGGCUUCCACCGAAGGAGCCAGCAUGAUGGAUGAUUCUUCAGAAAUUGGGUCCAAGAAAUAUGUGGGUCUUGCCAACGUCCAACAUCAACAAUAUUCAAAAGCUCAGUUGUUCAACUACUGUUUUAAAAUCUCCAAGCUUCCAAUCCAUCUUUGUCUCCAUUACGAAUCCCGCAAUGCUGGUUCCCGCAGACAUUCUUUACUUUAUCAAGUGGUGGGAGACCAUGAGACCACAAUCACAAUGAAACCAGCUCAUGCCGAUGGAGCUAUAGAGAAAAUACAAGUCGAGAUAACCUAUGGACCCAAAGCAGCCUCAAAGGUAAUUGCUCUGGUUGCUGUAGAGGAGAACGAAGAAGACCAGCUUGAGGAAACUGAGGUCAAGAAGAGGCUUAGGACAAUCCUGGGAAUAGAUGACUUUGCAGCCAGGAACCGAAGUCUGAGCCAGAAGCAGAAGAAACAACAACACAAAAAAGCUAAUGAUAAAAAGAAAUACGGACACAAGGCACUGGUUGCAGAUGGUGUAGAAACCACACUGAAGCGUGAUUUAUCAUCAUCAUCAUCCUCGUCGUCUUCCAGCUCUUCCUCAUCCUCCUCCUCCUCAUCUUCCUCUUCCUCAUCUUCAAAUGAAAGUAGUCAGUCAAGCAGCAGCAGCAGCAACAGACAGGACCAGAGAAACAAACAGAGAGACGCUCAGAACAAGGGAACUAUGGGAAGAGAUAGCUCCAGCAGCAGCAGCAGCAGCAGCAGCAGCAGCAGCAGCAGCAGCGACAGCAGCAGCAGCAGCGACAGCAGCAGCAGCGACAGCAGCAGCGACAGCAGCAGCUCUGCUAGAGGCAGCAAGAACAGGCAACAGCAAAAGGAUCAAACAAAGCAACACGGCAAGAAGAGCAGCAGCAGCAGCAGCAGCAGCAGCAGCAGCAAUGAAGAGUCACCCAGAGACAGGAGACAGAGACAAUUUUAUAACCUUCGCUUCACGCCAGUAAAGGGACAGAGGACUGCCACCAAGCCACAGUCAUCCUCUUCAUCGUCAAGCUCUUCGUCCAGUAGCAGCAGCGAAUCCAGAGCUACUCACAAGGGAAGAUUCAUGGGCGACAACAAUCCCCCAACAUUCGUCGUGACUGUCCGAGCCAUCAGGAAUGACAACACACGUCAAGGAUACCAGCUCAUUGUCUAUACCAACUACUUUAACGCCAAGCCCCAUAUCCAGGCCUACAUUGUGGAUUUCACCAAGUCAAGCAGAUGGAGAGCAUGUCUCAACGCUGAGGUUCUGAGCGGUCAUAAAGCUGAGGCCAGUCUGAGGUGGGGACAGAAUUGCCAGGAUUACAAGAUCAUUGCUAAAGCUGAAACCGGUCACCUGGCCAACCAGCCUGCAUGGAAAGUUGCUGUAAACUGGCCAAAAGUCCCAUCCAAACUGAAGUCUGCCGCUGCAUAUGUUUCAGAAUUCAUCCCAGGAGUGGCGUACUUGGCUGGGUUCUCCGAGAAGUACAAGAAGAAUGACCAACAUCAAGCCAAACUGAUAGUGUCCCUGAGUUCCCCACGCACCGUUGACGUUAUUGUCCAGAUACCACGGCUGACAAUGUUCUACAGAGCUCUCAGACUCCCCUUCCCAAUCCCAGACCGACGCAUGGCGCAAAAUGAAAUCCAACAGGCACCAACAUGGAACGUACUUGCUGAAGCUCCCCAAUAUCUCUUGGAGUCUUUGCAAGGCGAAUGCAAGGUCACCGCCAGCAAAAUUACAACCUUUGACGGCGUGAGUCUAGCUUACGCCAUGCCGGAACACUGCUACCACAUCCUGGCUCAGGACUGCAGCGACGAGCUGAAAUUUAUGGUGAUGAUGAGAAAGUCCAAGCUGAACCCAGAACAUAAAGAUAUUAACAUUAAACUUGGCCACUAUGACAUUUUCAUGUCUUAUAAGAAUCAGUCUCCAGAGAUGAUAAUCAAUGGCGUUGCUCUGUUGGAGGAUCAGCUUCCAUACCGGUCAUUUGGUGAGCCUGCAGUGGAGAUUCACAAGACAGAAAGCGGCAUAUCCGUCUUAGCGCAGGAAUACGGUAUCGAGACACUAAGCUACGAUGGAGCAACCGUUCAGGUGGUGCCAGCGCUCUGGAUGAAGGGCAAGACAUGCGGCGUCUGUGGGCACAAUGACGAUGAGACAAUACAAGCGUUCAAGAGGCCAGAUGGUUCUCUGGCUAAGGAUGAAAGGAGCCAUCUCCAUGCUUGGAUUCUGCCUGCCCAGUCAUGUGCUGAAGGUUGCAGCGUUCAACAUUCUCUGGUAAAAAUCGAGAAAGACAUUGAUGGUGAGAGCGCCAAGUGUUACUCUGUGCACCCCGUUUUACGUUGCGCCAAAGGAUGUUCCCCAGUUACAACCACUGAAGUAACAACUGGUUUCCACUGCCUGCCUUCUGGAGCUUCUCUGGACCUGGCCGAGAAACAAGUCAGCUUAGACAAAUCUGAAGACAUCUCAGAUGUUGUUGAAGCCCACACCGCCUGCUCCUGUGCGAACGCAGCGUGCGCCUCCUGAUCUGAUCUCCACACAUUGCUAUUUAUCUAGCAGUACCUUAAUUCCCUGUACCCCACAGAGACAUGAUUUUCACUUCAGGGUAACCCCAGAAAGUAAUCUAUACUUUGUAAUGUAUUUCAUUCCCAAUAAAAGUUUGCAUUUGAAAAUA